UCAGAGAGACUGACGCGUGUGGUCACUCUCCCAUCAUCAAGGUCGAACCAGAUCAGACUCUCCCUCCUUCCCCGCUCCCUCGCCGCCGGCGCCACCGCGCCGCCAUGCUCCGCCUCCGGUGCUCCAUCCUCGCCCAGAUCCUCUCGUCUCACUCGGCCUCUCCCUCCCCCCAACUCUGGCGCCUCAUCUCUGCUGCCACGCCCGCCAUCUCCCCGAGCCCUAGCUUCGCUGUGGAGGAGUAUCUCGUGCAGACCUGCGGCCUCACCCGAGCCCAGGCCCUCAAGGCCUCGGCGAAGCUCUCGCACCUCAAGUCCCCCUCCAAGCCUGACGCCGUCCUUGCCUUCCUCGCCGAUCUCGGCCUCUCCAGCGCCGAUGUCGCCUCCGUCGUCGCCAAGGACCCGCGGUUCCUCUGCACCGGCGUGGACAGAACUCUGGUCCCCGUCGUCUCCGGGCUCACCAAUCUGGGCCUGCCGCGUCCCAAGAUCGCGCGUCUUGUCUCGCUCGUCGGCAGAUUCUUCCGCAAUAAAUCCGUCGUUCCCAAGCUGGAGUACUACCUGCACCUCUUCGGCUCCUCCGACAACCUCCUCCGGGCGCUCAAGCGCAGCUCCUACUUUUUCAGUUACGACCUCGAGAGGAUUAUCAAGCCCACUGUCGUGUUACUGCGGGAGUGCGGCCUAGAUGAUUGCCACAUUGCCAAGCUGUGCACGGAUAAACCGGGGUUGCUCAUCACCAACCAUGAGCGUGUCCUAGAGAUGGUGGCAUGCGCCGACGGUCUCGGUGUGCCCCGUGGAUCUGGGAUGUUCUGGCGUGCCCUGAAGGCUGCUGCAUCUAUCCGCCAGGAGAAUAUGGCCGCCAAAGUGGACUGCUUGAAGAACACCUUCAGGUGGUCGGAUGCUGAGGUGGGCAUUGCUGUUUCUAACGCUCCACAGCUGCUGCCGAGUUCCAAGGAAUCGCUGCAGCGCAAGUCCGAGUUCCUGAUCUCUGAGCUGGGGUUGGAACCGUCAUACCUGGCUCAUCGGUCGAUGUUGCUCACUUAUAGCGUGGAGGGCCGGAUGAGACCUCGGUACUACGUUGUAAAGUUUCUCAGGGAAAAUGGGCUGCUCAAGCGCAACCCAGGCUACAAUACUGUUUUCAACAUUACCGAGAAGAUUUUCAUGGGGAGGUUCAUAUGCCCUCACACGGAAGCUGCACCGUACCUUGCUGAAGACUAUGCCGCCGCUUGCAGAGAGGAAAUGCCCGCUAGAUUCAUAUUUACAUGAAUGAAGAACAAGCAUUGAAAAUUGAUUUGGUAGAGAACAAAGCAUUGCCGGCAAUCUCUGAAGAUGAGGAGUCCAGGAAUAUAUUUGUGUUUCCAACUUGUUCUUGCUUAAGAUCAUGGAAACUGGGUGUGUGGUUGGACUAAUUUUGUGUUGAAACAAGGACCCAGAAAAUCAGAGAGAAAAAAAAGAACUACCCUGUAUUUUUUUCUAUUAAAAAUAUUAGUAUGAUCUGCUUUCAUGUCAGAUUUUACCUAGCAUGCAUGUUCUAUUUUCA